AUGGAUCACGAUCGGGAUCAAGAUCCCCUUUAUCCCGUUAAUCUUCAAGGAGGCGCAACAACAACCACAAACAACAAUGGCAACAGCAGCGGCAACGGCUACAACAACCACAAUUCCGUACCUUCAGCAUCACUGAUCUACCACCAGCCAACACAGCACCAUCAUCACCCCCAGGAGCUGUCACAGGGAUUGCUUUCUCCAGUACAGCAUCAACAACAAACGCCGCAACAACAGCAACAACAUUUUAAUGCUCAGCAGCACCACAUCUAUUCGUCACAGCACAACGACCAUGGCGGCGACUAUCACGGAUACCACCCCGAUCUACCAAAGCCCAUUUCGCACACGUUGGACAUCUAUCAAACUCCGGCGCAACCUCAAGACCAGGCGCAACCUCAAGACCAGGCGCUGCUGACUCCCCUUCUUAACCGCCAGUUGAGCGGCCACGCCAACAGCUUUCAGACACAUCACCCCCAACAUCCUUACCAGCAUCACCACCACUCACAGCAGCAACAGUACUACCAAACACCCCAUUAUCACUACCAGCAACAGCAGCAGCAACAGCAGCAUCUGAAAGCUUACUCUGAUCCACAUUCGGAUCCAACUGCUCCCCCAACUCCGGCCUCGACAGCUACUUCGACAAUGACGACGGGAUCAAGCUCAUCCACCCCUUCAUUGCCGCCAUCCACUUCGGCUUUGCCCUACCAGAGCGGCGACUACCCACAUCUCGCUUCACCGAGUGAGCAGGACAUGCAGCCAAGGCAAUCCCAGCCCCCUCAACAGCAACCACAGUCGCAACCGCCUCAUCCUCAGCAGCAGCACCCGAGCUAUCCGCAGCCCGCCCGUGAUCUCGCUCAAUUGUACCCGCUCAAGGCAACGGGCGAUCGGGCAUCCUAUUAUCAGUCCCCUCCCCCUCCCCCGGGUCAGGUUCCAACGCAUCUCUACAGCCAGCAGAGCCAUGAUCUACAUCACCAUCACCAGCAGCAACAAGCCCAGCAGGAACAGCAGCAUAACACCUCCGCUUGGGUUGGAAACAUGUCGUCUGACUCAUUUCACUCGCCACCAGACUUUCUAGACCAUUCAGAUCGACAACAACAAAAGCAAACGAGAUUGUUCACGGCAGCAGACAGCGGUGCUGCUCAUACGCCACAUGAUACUGCCUAUGCUUCCGGAGGUGGAUACUUUGACGGACAUGGCGUCUCCACCAAUGACAGAGCUCGUGGACAGGCGAACCGUCAACAACUAGGAAGAGGGCUCAUGGAGUACUCGGACAGCAACUAUCACGGGCAACACGGUGGACAGGACUCUUCUUCGUCAUUAGCUUCUCAGCAUCAACAGCAGCAGACCGGAGGAAUGGCGGGAGCAGCAGCAGCAUCGAUGGAUGGACUGCCCUUGGUGUCACCCUCUCACCCAUUACAAUUCUCUUUGCUCAAUUCAGGAAGCGCGGUUGCUGCCGCAGCGGCGCACAAGUCACUGUCGGUGUCGCUGGAUUCAGUCCCGAUGGGGUUAGGUCCACCCGGCGGGAUGAUGUCUCACCCAAACUAUGGUUCGGUCGCCUCUUACAUGUCAGCGCCAUCUACUCCGAUGGGUGGCGGUAAAGGCGCAAGUGCGACCAACAUCAGCACCGCCGCUGCUGCUGCUGUCAAUGUCGCGAGCACUGUCACGAGACCGACCCCACCCUCGGGACCACAGAGAAGUCAGUCUGCUUACACGACGACGACUGGUGGCCAGAGCAAGUCACUCAAAAAGCGUCGAACCAGGACUAGCUCUAUGACUUCCUCGUCGUCGAUUGCAUCGAGCGGAAUCAUGUCUUCUAUUACUUCGACUUUGGGAGCAACCAAUAUCUCGUUCUCGGAGUCACCACACCCCGGCAUGCACCAGCACCAACAUCACCAGCACCAUCACCAUAACAACCACAGCCAUAACCAUCAUUACAGCAGCAGUCUGCCCAACUUGUCGAUGUCAUCGGUCUUGAACGGAGCGGAGUUUUCGGAUGAGUCUAGCCAUAACAACAACUCAGGAGGCGGCCUCCACGGUUUGACGAUAGCUACAGGAUCUACAUCUACAGCAGGAGGUUCGUCCCCAACAGCUUCAUCACCCACAUCCGGCAAACCCCGACCAGGAGGACACCCCCGGACUGCAGUCGCCGCCCGAGUCUUUGAAUGUUCCUUCCCCGGUUGUAACAAGGCCUACACCCAACUCCACAACCUCAAAUCACACGAGCGGACCGGCCAUACCCCUGUUCAAAAACCUCGCCCCUUUUUGUGUAUCAUCCCCGGGUGUACCAAGGCCUUUUCGCAGCGCAAGAGUCUGGCGUUGCAUAUCCGGGCGUCGCACAAGGAGUACAAGUUUAAGCCGUUCAAGUGUUCGCAACAGGGGUGUGACAAGUCGUAUACACAGUUGCAUAACCUGCGGACACAUGAGAAGACGGUUCAUAUGCUGGAUCUCUCUAGGAAGCGGAUCCGGAACCCUGUACCUUAUUCUGAGGACAUUGGUGGCAGUGGCUCAGGAGGAAUGAAGAUGGAAGGUAGUGGGGGUGGUGCGUCGUCGAUGAUGAUGGCUGGAAUAUCUGGUUCUUCGUCAUCGGAUGAUAGGGGAAGCCAUUUCUCGGGAGACGUUGGGUUGAGUUAUGAGAGCAUUGAUGAUCUGAAGGAUUUCAAUGCUGUUGGAGGUAGGAUGGCUGGCGAUGGAGGGGAGGAGUAUGAUCAUCGUCGUGGUCCUGUCGGAGGAAGUGGUGAAGAGGAGGAGGAGGAGGAGGAGGAAGGGUUAGCGGAUCUGAAGGAGGAGGGAGACGAUGAAGACGAUGGUGAUUAUGUUGACGAGUAA